GGAGUGUGUAUAUCCAAGAUUUGGGUGAAGGGAGGUGAACCACGCACAUUGUCUCCCUCCCGCUCUCGGAAAUAUGGCGACGAUGUCCCAUUCUUUUCUCUGCAACAGCUACUCAUAUUUCACCUCAAAACCUUCACUUUCUCAACGCCAAUUGCCCAAAUCAACAGCCUCAAUAGGAUCCUCGAAAGCUAGUACGUGGGCAACUACAACGCCGCCUCCACCACCAGCAACACAUCUCAUCAUCUCCAGUCGUAUAAGGGAACAAGUGUGCCGCGCCGCUCGACGCAAGCCUGCUACUGUAGUAUCUUCGUCCGCAGACGAGGGCGAUGAUAACACACGGCGUUUGCUGCAAAUAAUUCUGUGGGUGGCCGAGGCAGUUUACAUUUUGUGGCUCUUCUUGCUUCCUUAUGCCCCAGGAGAUCCCGUGUGGGCCAUCAGUUCAGACACAAUAAACUCUCUUCUGGGUCUUUCUCUCAAUUUCUUCUUGAUCUUGCCUCUUGCGAAUUCUGUUGGCAUUCACAUAAUUGAUGCCCCGGUUCUUCACCCGGUUUCAGAAGGAUUAUUCAAUUUUGUUAUUGGGUGGACAUUCAUGUUUGCUCCAUUGCUAUUCACGGAUCGUAAAAGGGACAUAUACAAGGGGUCUCUCGACGUUCUAUGGGGUCUCCAGAUGUUCCUUACAAACACAUUUUUAAUACCUUACAUGGCUAUCCGAAUGAAUGAGGCUGGUGCAGACUAUACUCCAAGCAAGCGCUCACAGCUGGGCUCUGUGAUGACAAACGGUGCUCCCAUUGUCGGACUAAUUGGCGGGUCUGUGUGUCUGAUAUCUGCUUUGUGGGCCGUGUUUGGUCGAAUGGACAGUAAUUUUGGGAGCAUAGGGGACAGAUGGGAAUUCUUGGCCAGUUAUCUAGGAUCAGAGCGACUGGCUUAUGCCUUCAUAUGGGAUAUAUGUUUUUACCUGAUUUUCCAACCUUGGUUGAUAGGUGACAACCUUCAAAACGUUCAGGAGAGCAAGGUUGAUCUAGUAAACUAUCUUAGAUUUAUCCCUGUGGUUGGCUUAAUCGCUUACCUUCUAUGUUUGAAUCUUGAUGACGAAUAUUAGCUACACUUAGUAUUAAGUCAGCUUGAGUAUCAGUGAGUAAUACAUACAGGUAGUAACCUAAGUUUAAUUA